GGGCAUCAGCGGCCGCCGUUGAUUGGUUACAAUAACGUGGUUAAGAGUCCAGUGAAGUAACAUUGUAACUGAGGAAGUAAGAGACUUUUAUUCCCGAAGAAUUCAUCUAUACACUGGUCUUUGUAGGCACAUUCUUAAGUUAAUAAAGCUGUGCUGCCAUCUGUGCUGCCAUGCCGGCACAUCCCACACCGAGGGAGCCCGAGGAGGAGCUGGACCCGGAGCAGGAGGUGCCGGAGGCCAACGGGGAGCUGGACGAGGAGCGGGAGCGUGAACGGGAGGAGGAGACGAUGGAGGAGAGCGGUGAGGACAGGGAGAGUGAGGCGGGGAGCAACUCCGAGGACAGCGAAGCUGAAGAGGAGGAGGAGGAGGAAGAGGAAGAGAGCUCAGAGAUGGACGAUGAGGACUACGAGAGAAGGAAACUGGAGUGCCUGGAUGAGAUGUCGGAUCUGGAGAAGCAGUUCAUGGAGCUUAAAGAAAAGCUGUUCCGGGAGAGGUUAAGCCAGGUGAAGCUGAAGCUGGAAGAGGUGUUGGCAGGCCACGCAGGGGAGUACAAAGAGCCACUGGCCGUCUUGCAGCGGAACAUGCAGCUGCGCACAGAGGUCGCCGGGGUCUACAAAGAGCUGUGUCUGCAGGUGAUCAAGCACAAGUACGACUGCGAGCUGCAGGGGGCCCAGCAGCACCUGGAGAGUGAGCGCUCGCUGCUGUUAGACACCAUGAAGACGGAGCUACUGGAUCAGAUCCAUAGACUGGAAGAAGAGAGGCAGAGCAGGGACAUCAGUUCCGAAUGGUGGAGCGAUGAACUGAAGGGGAAGAAGUGUAGAAGGCGGAGCCACACGGCACGGCCAGAGAGGAGGAAGAAAGCAACCCUCGUGUCCGGGCCCUACAUAGUCUAUAUGCUGAAAGAUGUCGACAUACUAGAAGACUGGACAGCCAUUAAGAAGGCUAAAGCAGCUGUGUUGCCCUUGAAGAAGAAAUCGGAAAACAGACAGCAGUAUGGUGCACGAUGCCAGGGGGGGACGCUGUACUACGAGGGGGAACGUUUCUGCAAAGGGAACACGAUCCUCCUGCACGUCAAGGAAGACAGCACCUCACAGGCGGUAAUCACGGCGGUGAGCUCCGGCGAAGUCUGGUUGAGGAGAACGGACGGCAGCAAAACCAAGAUUUAUGUUUCGCAGCUUCAGAAAGGCAAAUACACAAUCAGCAAGGCCUGAGGAGGGAGGAGGGAGGAGGGGGGGCAGCGGGAUAUUUCACUCAGAGCACUGCUUCUGUAUCUAACAAAAGAUGCACUUAAGUACUACUACUACAGCGCUGUAAUUUUAUUUAUAUUUUGUUAAACUGUAAACUGGAAGAGAUUUGUGCUUUUAACUGGCUAUUUAAAUGAUCAUAUAUUUAUAAUUGAAAUAAUAUAACUGACAAUGUUGAAUGAGAA